AUGGACACUUCUUCAAAGGCGUGGCUGCCCCAUCAGGCUCAGUUUGGGUUGGUUGGUCAAGCGGAGGUUUGCUGUGGUCCUCCAGGAGUGUUAACCCCAAACCAAUCUCGCAGGGCAAGUUUUGCCUCUGUAAGACAGUCAAGCAUGGAGACACCUCCCAACACCAACCCACAGCCCUUCAGGCAGCCGAGCUUCCUAAACCGGAGGCUAAAGGGCUCCAUCAAGAGGGCCAAGAGUCAGCCUAAAUUGGACCGCACCAGCAGCUUCAAGCAAAUGAUUCUACCACGAUUUCGGAGCGCUGACCAAGAAAGGACGCGCUUGAUGCAGAGCUUCAAAGAGUCGCACUCCCAUGAGUCCCUGCUCUCCCCCAGCACCGCUGCAGAGGCCCUGGACCUGGUUCUGGAUGAAGACGCUGUCAUCAAGCCGGUCCAUUCAAGCAUUUUGGGGCAAGAGUAUUGCUUUGAGGUGACAACCAAUUCAGGGACGAAAUGUUUUGCCUGCCGCUCUGCUUCAGAACGAGACAAAUGGAUUGAAAAUUUGCAGCGAGCCGUCAAACCCAACAAGGACAACAGCAGACGGGUGGACAAUGUGCUCAAACUAUGGAUAAUUGAAGCUCGGGAUCUGCCUGCUAAGAAACGCUACUAUUGUGAGUUAUGUUUGGAUGACAUGUUGUAUGCCCGCACCACCAGCAAGCCCCGCACCGACACUGUAUUCUGGGGCGAGCAUUUUGAGUUCAACAACCUGCCCACCAUCCGUAGCCUUCGACUGCACCUAUACAAGGAGACAGACAAGAAAAGACGCAAGGAGAAAAGCACAUACAUUGGCCUGGUCAGCAUCCCCAUCUCCAGCAUCACAGGUCGUCAGUUUGUAGAGCAGUGGUAUCCGGUGAUCCAGUCCAGUGUUCUGGCCAAAAGCGGUGGAGUAGGAAGUGCCAAAGUCAUCAACGCCUCUCUCCGCAUCAAAUCCCGUUACCAGACCAUGAACAUCCUGCCCAUGGAGCUGUACAAGGAAUUUGCCGAGUACAUCACCAAUAACUACCGUACACUGUGUGCCGUCCUGGAGCCACUGCUGAGCGUCAAGAGCAAAGAAGAGGUGGCUUUUGCCCUGGUGCACAUCCUUCAAAGCACAGGCAAAACAAAGGAGUUCCUGUCUGACAUGGCCAUGUGUGAAGUCGAUCGAUUCAUGGACCGGGAGCAUCUGAUCUUCAGAGAAAACACACUCGCGACGAAGGCUGUGGAAGAGUACCUCAAACUGAUAGGUCAUAGAUACCUCAAGGAAGCUAUAGGUGACUUCAUUCGCGCCUUAUACGAGUCUGAGGAGAACUGUGAGGUGGACCCUAUGCGUGUCCCUCCAUCCGUCCUGGCAGACCACCAAGCAAACCUGCGCAUGUGCUGUGAGCUGCUCCUCUGCAAAAUCAUCAACUCGCUCUGCAUUUUUCCUCGGGAGUUGAAAGAAGUGUUUGCGUCUUGGAGAGCCAGAUGUGCAGAGCGUGGAAGGGAGGAUCUUGCUGACAGCCUCAUCAGUUCCUCCCUGUUCCUCCGCUUCAUGUGUCCCGCCAUCAUGUCCCCCUCGCUCUUCAAUCUGAUGCAGGAGUACCCCGCCGAGCGCACGUCCCGCACACUCACCCUCAUCGCCAAAGUCAUACAGAAUCUGGCCAGCUUCAGCAAGUUUGGUCCCAAAGAGGAGUACAUGUAUUUCAUGAAUGAGUUCCUGGAGAUGGAGUGGGGCUCUAUGCAGCAGUUUCUGUACGAGAUCUCAAACCUGGACACUGGCGGAAAUGCAGGGGGCUUCGAGGGCUACAUCGACCUGGGACGAGAGCUGUCCAUGCUCCACAGUUUACUCUGGGAGGUCAUGGGGCAGCUCAGCAAGGAUGCUAUUCUUAAACUUGGGCCCUUACCUCGGCUGCUGAAUGACAUAAGCGUUGCCCUGAGGAACCCGCAGCUCCACAUGCCGACCAAUCACCAACCAGAAAGACCUAAGGACCGCCUCUUCUCCAGACCAUCAUUCAACCGCCUCAUGUCGUCCGACUUCCAAAGCCUUAUGAUGAGAGAUCUCAACAGUUCAAUAGACAUCUCUCGUUUACCCUCUCCCACGGGAGGAGUUUCAGCGGUGGAAUCCCUGUCCAAUAACCUGAACAUGAGGCGCCACGCUGAACGGGACCUGCGCUCGUCUCGGGAGGUGUUCUAUGUCACCCGCCCCCCUCUCGCCCGCUCCAGCCCCGCCUACUGCACCAGCAGCUCAGACAUCACUGAACCAGACCCUAAGGUUCACAGUGUGAACAAGAGCGUGUCUAUGAUGGAUCUGCAGGACUCUCGCAUGAACAGCAUCUCAAACCUAAAUUCUGUGGGCGACAUGCUCACCUCCUCCCAAGCCUCUAUCGCUGGCCUGGGUCACAGCUUUGGGAACCUCGGUGCCCCCCUGAGGAUGGGAGGUCACCUGGGCGGGGGCUCGGCCGGCUCAGCUCUGCGGCUGAGCCAGAUGGGACACAUAGGGGGUCCCACCGAGUCCCUGUCCCAGCAGCAGCAGCAGGCCGCAGCAGCCAUGAACUUCCCCCUGUCUUUCCAAAACCCUCUGUUCCAUCUGGCGGCUCAGAAUUCACCCGCUCAGUCCCAGGCCCCACCCCCCCUACUCCUCGCCCCAGAGGCGGAGAACGGUCACCACGACUACGCACCGAAUUUUGGCAAUAGCGCCUUCUCCCGCAGUGAGGACCUGUCGGCACUGCGCUCCCAGAACAGUCUGGUGCAGCCGAGCAUCGUGCACUCACACAGCUACAGCGAUGACUUCACUCGGCAGAAUCAGAGCAACGACUAUGGCUGGCACCAGCUGUCACUGCAGGUGCAGGAGUCUCUACAGCAGCAGCAUUUGAUGGGUGUCACCGCACAGACCGCUACAGGCACAGGCACCCCUGCCUCUUUAGCCACGCCCCCCACCACAGUGCACCCGGUUCGACAGUCCUCCCUCGCUCAGCACCUCAAAUCUCAACGCUCCAUCAACAACCCAGCCACAGCCACGCCCCCCAAGACACGCCCCCAGAGCCGAAACAUUCUCCUGGACUCCAGCGAGCCUAGCUUCAGCGGCAGUGGGCCCAGGACGCGCCACAACCAGGUACCGUCCCAACAAACUCAACCGCAACCUCCGCCUCCUCAACUGCAGCAGGACGGGCAGGUCACGGUCACAGAUAGCCCCGCCCCUGGACUCCCCUAUCAGAACAGCUCCGCCAAAGAGCCCCAGGGACCACCAGCUGCUGCAGAGGAGUCUACUGACACCCCCACUAAAAGCACCAAGAAGUCUCAGCCGGCCCAACUGCAACCUCCACAACCGCAUCUGCUCAAACCUGUCUCAAAUAAACAGUCUAAUUUGACGACCAUGAAUGAGCGUACGGUGGCCUGGGUGUCCAAUAUGCCUCACCUGUCUGCGGAUAUUGAGAGCCUGAGGCCGGACCGAGAGGGGCAGCUGAAAGAGUACUCCAAAAGUAUGGAUGAAUCCAGGCUAGACCGGGUAAAAGAAUAUGAAGAGGAAAUCCACUCAUUGAAGGAGCGUCUGAAGAUGUCCCACCGAAAGCUUGAGGAGUAUGAGCAGCGGCUGUUAUCCCAAGAGCAGCAGACCAACAAGAUCCUGCAGCAGUACCAGAACAGACUGGAGGACAGCGAGAGACGCCUCAAACAGCAACAGCUCGAGAAGGACUCACAAAUCAAAGGCAUCAUCAACAGACUCAUGGCUGUGGAGGAUGAGCUGAGAGUGGGUGCCAUUCCUGAUAUUAAGCCUCGAAUCCUCACAGACCAGUCUAUCAGCCAGGGCUAUGGAUCCUGACUGCCAGAGUACAUGAUGGUCACCCGCGUGUAAAGAACUCCAGCUCUGCAGUGGAUCCAGGGGGUCUCCCGAAGGCUUCAUCUCAUCACAUCCUUCAGAGACUUUGCACAUUUCCAAAAAUUUGCCUGUACCACAACGUGACAAUCACUUUAGUGCGAGGACCAAUGAGAGUUCACUCAAAUAAAAGCCAAUGCCACUGUAAGCAAUGGCAAUACCUAAAGAUGUUUAUUUGUGUAACAUAAGGGUAACAAGAGCAUGGCCAUUUUGUGUUUUCAUCCAACAAAUAAGUAUUUAAGCACACUGCACCACAUGGUGACUACUGUGACAUGCAACAAGCAUGUUGUUAUUCAUUAUAGAGCCAUCAAUUAAUACAAGGACAGGUGGUAACAUUUCAGUAUAGUUUUGUUUUUAAAGGCCAUAUUAUUGAUGUCAUAUACAAAACAUGCAUGUGCAUAUUUUGACAUGCAUGGAAACAUUUUAAAAUUCACCAAACAAAAAAGUUUUUUUUUUUUGUUUUUUUUUUGGUCAGUUAAAGAGAUUUAUAGCUCACAGAGCGUUAUCUACAAUUUAUUGUAAUUUGUACCAGAUUUACACCUGAAAAGUUUAGCUUAACUAUUUUUGACAAAUGCAUUGGUUUUCUCUAAAAAAAAAGUAGCUUAGUCCAGAUUGUUGCUAAGCUGGCCACAUCAGAUAUUUUUGUGGAAACACAAAUUAUAUAAAGACAUCAUAGCAUGAAACAAUCUAUUAUUGUAAUCUAAUUAUUACAAAAAAAAAUAUGAAUACAGGGUAUAAUGGACACCUCUGGUGUUGUACCAAUCAGGGUAGAGAGAGUUGAAUGUCUAAAGUGAGACGCCUGGAACAAUUUGCAGAGCAACAAGACCGGAGUGUUUUUACAUGUAGACAAAUCCAAAACUAGUUUUGGUGACCAUCAUUGAAGCCAUUGUACCAUCUAUUUUUUUGGCUAAGGAUUUUUGUUUUGACAAUUCAUUGGAGCCAUUUUAGUUCUUUUUAAUGGCUGUGAGUACUGAAAUCUGAAUCAGCAGAAUGAAAUCAUGAUAGAGAUUGGGAAAUGCUCAUCUCUAGUGACACUCAUGGAUAGGUGCUGCAUGUGCAUACUAUUACAGCGAUAAUGUGGUUCUUUUACUGGAACGCACCUUUUCUACCAUGCUGACUAUUUGUCAGAAGUGACAUUUUUCCAUUCUUGGUAUGAACGGAGACACAGUGACAGACUUACCAAACCAAGGAAAGAAAACCGCAGGAGUAUUCAAACAUGUAGUAUAUAUGUGUAUAGGAUAUGACUGCCUUACAGUCUGUGCCACUUGGCCUGAAAUAACAAUGCCAAUACAACAUGUAAAAUUUGUACAUUAAGCGUCUUUUGUAGUCAGGUGAUGAAAUAAAAAGCAGUGUGUUUAUGUUCAAAUCAUUUAUUACAAAUUUCAUGGUUAAUAUAAUUUAUUUUAACCUCUUUGCCUUUAAAAAGAUCAAUUUAUUUAAAAAUAGAUAUCAAUGUUUACCACAAAUGUAUAAAAUACCUUCAUGUAUAUCUAUUCUUAUAUGUAAAUGUAUUCAUAUCAAAGGGUAGGCCUUCUGGCAUGUUGUGUGAUACUGAAUAUUUACCACUCUUAAUGCUGCAAUCCAGAAACUACAGUGCUAUGAAGUGACUGCAUUCAUGGGAUGAGAAAUUACUUUAUUUAAUACAUAGCACAUUUCAGUUCAAAAGCAUAAUCUCAAAUGUCCCACCAACUGUAAGUGUAACCAAAACAGUGCUUUGAACACUGGGUUGCAGUUUUAAGCACUACCGUUUCAGUGUUUAUUUGGCCUGCAUUGCAAUACAGUAUUUUAAAAUUUAUUAUUGUAUUUUUGUUUUAUGAGAGGCUGCAAUUUAUAAUCUUUAAAAUAGAAAUAUAUACAUCCACAUACUCAAAGGGAUUUACUUAUACAAGCUCUAGUGAUACAGUGUCCCAUACACAUAUUAUAGAACAAAUUGGGAGAAUAGCCGCCAUAUUGGGAAGGUCAGAUAAAACAAUAUAGACUAUAUAGUUACAUUAGUGACAAAAUGUAAAAUGAAAAACCUGAAUGUUUGCUUGCCUCUUGUAGCUUAAGUCAGUAUUGGCCUUUUCUCGCAAUGGCAUAGAACACGAUACUAUUCAUACACAUAUCAAUCAUACUGUACUUUUAAAUUGACAUUUCAAAAUACUCUUUAUAUGAUAUUCUUGACCUCACCAAAAUGGUGGCUAUGCAAACAUUGGAGAUCUUAGCGGUGUCCUACCUCUGAAUUACAAAUGUUUAUCACUAAAGCUUGAACAACAUCUAUUUAUUUUUAGUAGAAACAGAGGCAGUACUAUUAUGAGAAUUUUAUUUAUUCACAACUUUCCUGAUACAUUAGAUGUUUGCUAUUUUAAAGAUCACAAGACCAUUUAAAGUGUGUCCUGUUUACUCUAGUAUAUAAGUGCCAUUACUGUACAUUCAUAUUCAGACUCAAAUGUAUUUGUUAGAUGCUUAGAUGCUAGUAGAAACACUAAAAUAUUUUAGCUUUUCUUUAUACUUUAAAACCCAAAAGCACAAAAAUAUAACAACACAAUACUAGCAAUGCGACAACGUACUUAUAGAAAUAGAUGAUUUUAAACACAAAAUUGACAAAUAUUAAUAUUAAAAUAGAUGACUAUUUAUUGAGUGUAAUGAAGUAUAUACAGUCUAAAUCCUUAUUAUUCAUCUAUGGACCUAAUAAUGGAAUAUUAUAUCUUGUAUACUGAACUGAUACUUAUGAAAUCACAUUCAUGUUUAUACAAUAGAUGUUUAGCAUUUGGGGAUGAAUCUACUAUUUUGUUCCUGGCAGCUAUUAUUCUGCACAUUUGAUCAACUGUGUCUCAAUUGAACUUGGUGAGGUUUCUGACUUGAAUUGGGCCUACUGGAUGUAAUACUUUAUUUUUUACUGGACAUUUCAGUUGAAAUAAGCCAUGCCCCAUGGAUAAGCCAUACCCUCAGCCCCCAGUGUUGUAAGGUGGAUGUGUAAUGUUGGUAAUUUGAUUUAUAAUGGUACUUAUUGUAGGUAUGAUUGCGCUUGUAAUUAUAUUUAUGAUUACUAUUAUUAGUGUACUUGAUUGAUAUGAUUUUGUUUUGAACAAAGGGAAUGUAUUCAUUUUUCAGGUGAUUCUGAGUGAUUUAAAUAGAGAAAUAAAUUCUACAAUUAUAAACAGU